AUGUCUCUGAAAUCGAUCUUUGAAAGACACGGACACUCCGUUACUCAAGUCUUGAGGUUGCCAGCCGAUGCAGCCCACGCAGCCCGCCCAAAUGUGAUGCUUAUGGGAAGGGAUAGAGCCGGCAAGACUAGUAUUAUGCAGGUGAUCGCUCGAAAGAUGCAAGACUUCCAGACAGAAAACCUCCCAUUGACUACAAACAUACAGCUAUACGAAAGCCCCUUCAUCAAUGUCUGGGACAUUCCAUCGCAAGUCGCUGGUAGUCUCCUGGACAAGGCAAAUGUCUGGUGCGAAGUUGGUGCGAUCAUUUUUGUCCUAGCAAGCGAGAUUUCCUUGACAGAGGAUUUUGACUUCAUCCUCAAAGUGAUCACUGCAAUCCGCAAAUUCAACUCGAAACCAAGGAUCCAUAUCUUCUGUCAUAAAGCAGACCACAAUGCGUUGGACGAAGAUCAUUACCUUGAGUACGUGGAUUGUUUUGACAAACACUUUGAACGGCAUGGCACACCCAGAGGAAUUGUCAACACGAAGUACACGACGCACAGGACUUCAAUCGUCGAUCACACUACCCACAUAGCGCUGUCUCAGAUCGCUCAAAGCAUGGACCCACGCCGGGUUACAUUUGAACGGAUUUUGAACACUGUCUGUGAAAAUCCACACGUCUAUCAAACGUUCUUGAUCGACACCCAACUACCGCUCUAUGUUGCCAAGGACGACUCGCCUUUGGAUAUGGAUACAUAUGGGUUCUGUCUUGACAUGAUGUUUGCUGCCAAGGAUAUUGCAUCGCUCUUCAGCAGUGAUGCUCCAGACGGACGAAGCAACAUGUCAUUCGCCAGACUUGGGGAUGGAAAAGCCUAUGCUCUCUGGCCUGUGGACAAGACUAUGGCCAUGAUGUGCGUUUUUAACAGCAUGGUCACCAUGGAGGAAGCAAAUGCGUUCGCGGACAACACGCGACACUGCAUGACUAGUUUGAGGAGUGCUGUAAAUCGUAGAUAA